UUGUCGGCAAAGCAAUCCCAAUCCCAAUCCCCUCUAUCUCUCUCGAUUUCCGAGCCCACCACCUAUUUUUCCGCCCAAAAUCUCCACUACCACCACCACCACUACACUUUGUUUCACCAAAUCAAACUUUCCCCAAAAAAUGGGCUUCGUUUUCGGCUUGGUUCUCGGAAUCGUCGUCGGCCUAGCCUUAGUCGUCGGCUUCGUCAAGCUCGAGAACCGCCGCUCCAAGCUCCGCUCUCAGCUGGCCACCACCGUCGCCGCCUUCGCCAGAAUGACCGUCGAAGAUUCUAGAAAGCUCCUCCCUCCUGACUACUACCCUUCUUGGGUCGUCUUCUCUCAGCGCCAGAAGCUCAAGUGGCUCAAUUCUCACCUCACGAAGAUCUGGCCGUAUGUUAAUGAGGCAGCUUCUGAGCUGAUCAAGGCUUCAGUGGAGCCGAUUCUGGAGCAGUAUACGCCGGUCAUAUUGUCCUCCAUCAAGUUUUCGAAGUUCACUCUCGGCACUGUGGCACCUCAGUUUACAGGUGUUUCUGUAAUUGAAGGUGGAGGUGACAGUGUCACUAUGGAGUUGGAGAUGCAGUGGGAUGGAAACCCAAGUAUAAUACUUGCCAUCAAGACUUUGCUUGGUGUAGCACUACCUGUGCAGAUGAAAGACAUUGGAUUCACUGGGGUAUUCAGGCUAAUAUUUAAGCCUCUGGUUGACGAGUUCCCAUGCUUUGGAGCUGUCUGCUUUUCCUUGAGAGAAAAGAAAAAUUUGGACUUUAAGCUGAAAGUUGUGGGCGGUGACAUAUCUGCAAUACCUGGGCUCCAAGAUCAACUUGAGGGGACAAUACGUGAUGCCAUUGAAGAUUCAAUUACAUGGCCUGUUCGGAAAGUUAUUCCCAUUUUGCCUGGGGAUUACAGUGAUUUGGAGUUAAAGACAGUUGGAAUACUAGAGGUGAAGCUUGUGCAGGCAAAGGAGUUGACAAAUAAAGAUGUUGUAGGAAAAUCAGACCCGUACGCCUUGUUGUAUGUUCGACCUUUAAAAGACAGAAUGAAGAAAAGCAGAACAAUCAACAAUGAUUUGAGUCCAAUCUGGAAUGAACACUUUGAAUUUGUUGUUGAAGAUGAAUCCACUCAACAUUUGGUGGUUAAAGUUUUUGAUGAUGAGGGCAUUGGGGCAUCCGAGCUCAUUGGUUGUGCUCAUGUACGAUUAAGCGAACUUCAGCCGGGUAAAGUGAAGGAUGUGUGGUUGAAGCUGGUUAAAAGUUUGGAAGUCCAAAGAGAUAAUAAAAACCGUGGGCAGGUGCAUUUGGAGCUGCUAUAUGUUCCGUAUGGCAUGGACAAUGGCUUUGUCAACCCAUUUACUCCCAACUUCUCAAUGACCUCUUUGGAAAAAGUACUUAAAAGUGGGGCAAAUGGAAUAGAUGCUACCGAGAGUGAAAAGGAAGCCGCACAGAAGAAAAAGGAGGUUAUAAUUAGAGGUGUGCUUUCUGUAACUGUAAUAUCUGCCGAAGACUUGCCACCUGUUGAUCUCAUGGGCAAAGCUGAUCCUUACGUGGUUCUCACCUUGAAGAAAUCAGAAACGAGAAACAAAACUAGGGUCGUCAAUGAGAGCUUGAAUCCUGUUUGGAAUCAAACUUUUGACUUUGUUGUUGAGGAUGGAUUGCAUGACAUGCUCAUUCUUGAAGUCUAUGACCAUGAUACUUUCGGGAAGGAUUAUAUGGGAAGAUGCAUCUUGACACUCACUAGGGUCAUAUUAGAAGGGGAAUACAAAGACUCUUUACCACUAGACGGGGCCAAAUCUGGGAAGUUGAAUAUACAGCUUAAGUGGAUGCCACAACCAAUUUUCCGCGAUUCUUGAUGGAUCUCUGUUGUGUGGCCUGGAGUCUAUUGAGGUUGUAUUAUCCGGCGGGUGAUGUAUACAAGACCACCACAGAAAACUUGAACAUUUGCACAUGUUUGUUGAUUCCUAAACCAAGCAUGUGAAGCACUUGAAGGAUGUAGAUAACUGUUCCAUAACACCUCUCAUAACAAUUUAGUGAAGCUGUACAAUGGAAUGCAUACCAGUCGGACUCAUGGUGUAGGUGGGGGGGCACUCUUGGUCUGUUGGAUUAUCUAGUUCCUGCCUGUGUAUUAUAUUCCCAUAUUGUAUUUUUUGGCUUCUUUGUGAUCAUUCCAGUAUUUUUAGUGCAAAUCUGUGGAUUGGACCCCUCUGUGUCACUGUCGAAACCUGAGUCAAUAUUCAAAAAAUAAAAAAAUAGUUCCACUUGCACCCAGUAAAAUUUGAGCGUCGCAAUAACAGAAGAAGAAGAAGAAGAAGAAGAGGAAGAAAAAGAAAGCCCAGUGAUUUAGGAA